CAGCACAGCUGCCUCUCUCGCCUCUUCAAUGCUCACAGCACAGAAUGCCCCUGCUGACGGAGACAACAAGACAGAGCAGCAAGGAAGGGGGAAACAGACCCUUGGAUGAAGCAAGUCUGACUUGCUUUUGCACUGUCACACUCAGAGAGAGCUGCAUGCUGUCUACAGGUGCUCUACAAUCACUGGACAAUCUGUGGGACUGAGAACAAAGAAGGCUAAUUUAAAGGAUACUUCAAGACUUGUCGGGGAAGAAUUUGGGAUUGCUUUAAUGAGUAUUUUGGACAAAGACAUUUGUUUUUCCUCAAUGGGAUAUACUAGGAGUGGAUUCUAACAGAACUACUCCUUUUGACUGCUUUUGGAUGUUAUUUCUAAAGUCGAACCAGAGGAAAGGACUGUGAAUUGAAACUUUGGAGUGUGUCGCUUCUAAGCUUGGGGCAACAAUCUUGUGGGGUGGCUAGGUAAAGGACAGGAGGAAGGGGGAGGGGAAGAGGUAGUCGGGGUCUGGCUCCAGUCUCUGGGGUGAAAUGCCUUCAACAUGAGGCUUUGUUGAAGAAUGCCACAGAGGAGUGUUUGAUCGCUUCAGUUUUGAACUGCCAACAGAAAAAAGAGAUCUAUGUGCCCUUGAAGGAAAGUCCAUCUUGUGGUUGGAAGCAAUCUGUCUGCUUCACAUGCUUUGUUUUGCCCUGUUGAAUUGUGGAUUGAGGAAAAUCAUUUUAUUGUGUAGUCUUGCCUAACUACCACCCCAUAGUGCUCCUUUGUUUCUUAUUGAGAUGUACAACACCACUGUUCAGAUGGAGGCUUUGACCCAGAUAUGGGCUGGCAGUGCCAGCAACAAAAAUUCCUCUCUGCAGCUACACAACAACACCCACUGCCCAAAGAAUGACAACUUCAAAUAUCCACUCUACAGCAUAGUGUUUAGCAUUGUCUUCAUGGUGGGACUCAUCACCAAUGUUGCCGCCAUGUACAUUUUUACUUGUUCACUGAAACUGCGGAAUGAGACCACCACAUAUAUGAUGAAUCUUGUGGUUUCUGACUUAUUAUUUGUGCUCACACUCCCUUUGAGGGUGUUUUACUUCAUCCAGCAGAACUGGCCAUUCGGCAGCCUGCUCUGCCAGCUCUCUGUCUCACUCUUUUACACCAACAUGUAUGGGAGCAUCCUGUUUCUAACAUGCAUCAGCGUGGACCGCUUCCUCGCCAUCGUACACCCCUUCCGUUCAAGGGGUCUCCGGACCAAACGCAAUGCCAAAAUUGUAUGUGCUGCUGUUUGGGUUCUGGUGCUUUCUGGAAGUCUUCCGACAGGAUUCAUGCUGAACAGUACUAACAAGCAAAAUAACAACACGAUAGCCUGCUUUGAGAACUUCUCCUCAAAUCAGUGGAAGAGUCAUCUCUCAAAGGUGGUGAUUUUCAUAGAAACAGUGGGGUUCCUUAUCCCUUUGAUACUGAACGUGGUUUGCUCCGCUAUGGUGCUCCAAACUUUGAGGAGGCCACAGACUGUUAGUCGGGGAGGGAAGCUGAACAAGAAAAAGAUCUUGAGGAUGAUUAUCGUCCACCUCUCCAUCUUCUGCUUUUGUUUCAUCCCCUACAACGUCAACCUGGUUUUCUACUCACUGGUGCGGACAAAAGUCUUGGAGGGCUGCGCAGUAGAAUCAGUGGUUCGGACAAUCUAUCCGAUCGCUUUGUGUAUUGCUGUGUCCAACUGCUGUUUUGACCCCAUCGUCUACUAUUUCACCUCAGAGACAAUACAAAACUCCAUUAAGAGGAAAUCUCAGAUGAACCGUUCCUUUGAUGUCAAGUUCUCUGAGGCUUUGCAGUCAGAGACGAGCUCUUCUCUUCAGUUCAGCCUGAGGUCCAUAAAGAACAAGAUGUUCCACAAUGAGUCUAAUGUAUAAGGACAAGUAUUGGACAAAUGGAUGUAAAGAAACUGAAUGCACAAAAAGCACUCUGCAGUGAAUGAAAUGUGGCAUAAACAUGCAAAUAUGCCCUAAUUUGGUUUGUUAAUAUCUCUCAGGGCAGUAAGUAAACUACGUCCUUUUAGAGGGAUUUACCUCCCUCUUAAAGUCAUCCUUCAGCCCUGUACUGGGGGGCACACUUGUUCUCAGUGGAAUUAUAUCCAAACAUUUGGAAUACUUAACUGUGGAGUAAGAAUAAUACAAAUAUACUGUAAAUCAACUGGAACUUGAUUAAACUAGACCAGAACCUCUAACUAUAUGUGAAUGUACUUACAUUUCCAGAAUGCAGCUUGUCAUUCUGGCACUGAGGAUGGAGUUGGUGUGCUUUUGAUAAAUACCGGAUUAGAUCUCCUAACUUCAAACAAGCGUUACACACCAAUUUUUUCCCCACCACUGCUCAGCCCUGCACAAACACAGCAUCCGAAACCCAGCACGCCACCGCAAGCUCCACUUCAAAGCUUCAAAAACUUCAACACAGGCUUGUUUACUUUUUCUGCACCUUUGACUGGUUCAUUUCCUCAUGUUGUGAGAGGGAGGGGUGCAUGGUCAGAGAACUGAAUACAGUUUUAACUAGAUUAAGACCACAUAUUAUUUAGUCUGUUUAGUCAGUCUGUUAGAUUCUGUUCUAUCUGGAUUUUGUAAUAAUUGAUAAAAAUGUUUAUCUUCCAUUUAAAGGAAAAGUUCACUCCAAAAUUUAAUUUCUGUCAUUUAGUCAACCCAAUAUUAGACUUUGGAAUGUUUAUGCUGUUUUUCCCCGUACAGUGAGGAUGAGGGCAACCAAAAAGAGUAAUUAUAUGAAUGUAUGUCUGCAUAUGUAUGUAUAUAUAUAAAAUAGAAUUAUGAGGAUGUGGGAUGUGUUUGUGGAUUCAGUUUAUACAGCUUAAACAUUCUAAAGAUAUAUAUCAACAAAAAUCUCAUCAAGUUUGGUCAGAGGUUUUGGGGCAAUCUUUGACAAUAAGCUGACCUUCAAAGACCACACUGCAAGGACACCACGAUCAUGCAGGUUUGAAUUGCACAAGGUUAAGAUACUGAUGUUUGCAUAUAGAACAGCUGCAGUCUCCGCACCCAUCUACGUACCACUCAGCCUUAUGAGUACUUCCCCUUCAGAAGGCUUACGCCAGUAAAUGAGUGAUGCCUCAUGGUACCAUUAGACGGGCACAAAAUCAAUCAACCAGAACAUUUUUGUUCGCUGUUUCUUGUUGGUGGAAUUAUCUACCUAACCCAAUCUGGGACAGAAAAUCCCUGACAAUAUUAAAUAUACAUCUAUUCCGUCAGAAAAAAAAAAAAAUCUUCCUCUAUGCUUUCACUAUACUUUAAUUCUAAAUGAUGUCUGAAACUUUGUAUCACUAGCACUUCUCUUGUUUACUGCCUGACUAUGAUGAAUCGCUUGCCGUAUUCCUCAUUUACAAGUUGCUUUGAAUAAAAAAUCUGCAAAACGAAUAAACGUAAAUAUAAAUACAUAUUAUAUAUACUUUUGCAUUAUAUUCCUCAUAGUCUUCUGAAGUCGUACAAUAGCUUGUGUCAGGGAACAAAUUCAUAUCAAUAUUCAGUGAAUGUACGAGGUAUCUUGAUUCUCCAUUAU